UAGGACCUGGUCGCCAGUGUGGAGGGUCUUCACAGGGGAAGUCUAGGGUAAUGGGGCCCUGUGUAGACCAUUCAGAACUCUUGGGGCCUCCACCCUCUGGUCCCAAUCCAGGAGAGUCAGAUUGGGGGCUCCGUCAAUGCCUGAACUCCUCUCCACCACUGAGUACACGGUCCCCAACUCUGCCUCCUGUUGUGCCAUAGUUGGGAACUAUAGGGAAUAUGUGGGCCCCUUGGUUACCACAGUUUGCCUGAACCUGUAGGGAAUCAGAGCAGGACCCUUGUCCCCCUUCAGAGCCUGAAGAACUGCCAAGAGGCUCUGCCCGAGUAUCAGUGGCAUGCUCUAUGAUGAAGGCCUGGCCCACUGGUGCAGCCACAGUGGUGGACUUGGUUACUGGGUCGAUAUCAUGGACCAUUAAGCAUGUGUUUGCCCAUGGAAGCCCACCUCCGAGGCCCCCUGCAUUUGGAGAGCCAGUAUGUGCUUCCCCCAAUGACGGGUACCCUCUGUACCAACUGGGUGGCCCCCAACUCCGCGUGUUCCGAACCAACUUCUUCAUCAAGUUAGUGCGGCCAGGCACGGCCCAGCCUGAGGACACGGUGCAGUUCCGGAUCCCCAUGGAGAUGACCCGGGUGGACCUGAGGAAUUAUCUUGAACGCAUUUACAACGUGCCCGUCGCUGCCGUCCGCACACGGGUGCAGCACGGCUCCAACAGGAAGAGGGACCAUAGGAACGUGAGGAUCAAGAAGCCUGACUACAAAGUGGCCUAUGUGCAGCUGGUGAGUGAGAUCUGCUUAGAGCUGGCGAAGCAGGCUUCCCUCCCCCUUCUAGGGCCCUCACUGGUGCAGGCCGACGUGCUUGGGGCCUGGACUGGGACGUGGCCAUGCUGACACACUCUGAACUUCUAGUGAAAGACGUAAAAGCCCAUGGGCAGACCUUCACCUUCCCAGACCUGUUUCCAGAAAAAGAACAAAGUUCCUCUGCGGACCCCUAUGGGGAGGAACAGCAGCAGAAGCAGAGCAGCGACCCCCUGCGUGGUGGCGUUCCCUCCUGGUUUGGCCUGUGACCUGUGACAGGCAGGGACAGGGCCACAGACCCAGCAGGCAGAGUUUUGAAAACCCAAAUAAAAGUCCUGUGUGGAGAAAGCA